CACCAUGCCAUAUUUAAAGCCAACAAAAAGCAAGCUUGCUAAACCAAUAAACAAACACCUCUUUAGAGUUGUUGAAAGUUGAUGAAACCAAAGGAUAUGGCCAAAAAAGCUCUUAUAAUCUAAAUAAGCAAGAAAAAGCUAUUGAAAAGGAGACCAUCAAAAAGCUGAUAAAAACCCAACCCCCCAAACCAAAAACUAAACGCUAAAAGCCGAACACAUCACAUUUUCCAAUCCCAUUAAAACUCUCUCUCACUCUCUCUUUCUCUCUCCUCUUCACUUUCUCUCUCUCACCUUUUCAAUGGCGGCAUCAUUACAACAACAGCAGCAAAAAAAUGGUGUAAUCAUGGAAGAAACCCAGACAUUAUACUCAACUUACUUGGGAGUUAGCUUUGCAAUGUUCUUGUCAUUGUUACCAGAUAAUGUCAUGUCAUUGCUGCCAACUCUUCAGUCUCGAAACCAUUACCUCCUCCACCGCCUUCGGAAAGCGGAGGAGGAGCUCUUCGAGCUGCGGUCGAGGCGGCAGGAGGAUUCCAAGGCGAACGCUCGGGUGGUCGAGAUCUUCGCCACCCAUCGUAACGCCUGGCAACAGGAAGAGCGUCGCCUCCUCCGCCGCCUCGACGAAUCAGCCGAAGAGAUCUCCCGCCUCAGGUCAUGCCUCACUGAGGUCGAGACCCGCGAGGCUCAGCUUCUUGCUGAGUCUGAUGACCUGAGGCGGGAAGUUGGGGAGCGAGACGAGCUCCUCAACUUCAUGUCCCGCCACAAAACCCAUGAAAUGGGCGGUGGUGGUGAAGGCGCGGAAAGCGAGAGCGGCGGGUUUGCGAGUGUAAGUGGGGAGGACAGAGAGUGGGGUGGUGAAGAUGAAGGAAAUGGUGGUGUGAAAUUGAUGUUUGGGAAUCUGGGUAGUGGUGAUUAUAAUGAUGGGUUUGAUCCUAAUUACUUGUCUUCUGGUUCUAAAUUCUGGGGUGAACCUCGUUCUCCUCCUAAUUUAUGGCAGCAGGACAUACAAUAUAAUUCGAUUGAGCCCACACAUCAUGUAAAGCAUUUUGUAGUAAGGAGAGAGUCCCCAUGGAAGAUUGAUGGUGAAUCAACAGGAGUUCCAUCCAAGUUGAAAGUGCUCGAGGAAGAGCUACUUAAUCUGGAAAAAGUAGGGAAGAGCAAUUCACCAAAGGUGGCCUCAUCAAUGAGAAAGCAAGCUAAGCGGUAUCAAGACCUUGCCGGAAAGAUUGACGAUCUUUGCAGGAGAAUGCAAGCUAGUGAUCCCAGUGAACCUACAAUGAGUUCUGAGUUUCGAUCACAGAGACAAACAGAGUUUCUACUUGAAGCAUUUCAACUCCAGCAACGCGCCUCAGAAACUGGGAAGAAGCUCAUGACAUUACAAUCUGAGAUAUAUACUAGUUGUAUUGGGGAUGAGCUGGGGGUUGAAACAAAGCUUGCCAUGAAACGGUCCCUUGACAGCAUUCGGACCAACUUCAAGGAAAUCCAAAGAAACUUAGAAGUAUGGUUGGCCAGAAUUAUGGGAGAUCUUGAAGGAAUUCUAGCUAGGGAUGGUGCUUCUCGUUCAAGAGACUAUUUUUGCCCUAGAUAUCCAUUUGUUAAUAGUUACAGCUAACUCCUAACUAUGUUAAUGUAUCAGUCCUGGUGUUUUGCUGAUCCUUAAGCCAAAGAAGUGGUCUUAGGAUUGUCGUGUAAAAAUGCAAAAUCUUCAUGUUGAUAGUGGAUCAGGUAGGUAGGUAAAUAAUUUCUUAGAAACAGAUGUUCCCCCUGACCCUGUGACAUUUAGAGAAGCUUGUGCAUCAGCCAAACUAUAUUUGGAUGCUAAUUGUAUACAGUGAUUUUUUGGAUGGAAAAUGGUAACCUGGUUUACUA